CCAAUUUACAGACCGAGUACAAAAAAGAUUAAAAAAAAAAAUCAUUCUCUUUUAUUCUUGUCCAUGAUAGCAUGCUUUAUCCUUAGAUCCAAUAAUGCAUGAUUUGCGAGGUUGUAAGUUGUAAUGGCGGACCUGGCGGUUCGAUCAACAUGGACACACAAAAGAAUAAUUCCAUACGUUUUCCUUUGGCAUUAUAUGUUUAUGAUACAAAAUAAUAUUGAAUUAGAAUAAAAUCCUAAGGAUCAGGGUUUUGGGCUUUAGGCCAAUGUUUAUUUGAUUAUUUCUGUAGUAGCGGGUUGAAGCGGAUAUGGCGGAGGAGGAAGUCAUGGCUAAAGGAGAGCUUUCCAACUCAUGUUGCACUGCUUGGAAGGAAAAAUACUCCAAGUUGAAGGAGAGGUAUUCUAAGUCCGAAGAAGGCCGCAAAGCCCUUCGCAAGGGGUGUCAAUAUAUGAGCUGCAGAUUUCCAAGAUGCAAUCCGAGAAUCUCACUUUGAAGAAGGCUUAUGAGAGCGAGAAAAAACAGGCAGAAAAUGAAAGAAAUGGCAGAGAAAAAGAAUCUGCUCUGCGAGCUUCCUUGGAGAGUGAAGUGGAUGCUCUAAAGACCAAUGUUCUUUCGUUGCAGCAAAAUCCGGGUCCUGUCAUUGAAGAUUUGGAAAGAGAAAAGGUACAACUUCAGCGAUUUCUUUCAGAAAAGGAUGCAGAAGUUAGCCGACUGAAGGAGCUUCUUGAGAAUGAGAGACUCAGAGCAGAUUCAGAGAAAAAGAAAGCCAAUGCAGAGAGGAAAAAAGCUGACGAAUUAAGGAAAAAGUUGAAAAUUGAGAAAACUAAGGCCGGUGAAGAAAGGAGGCUAGUUGAAAGUGACAGAAAAGAGGCUGAAGAAAAUAGGCUCAAGCUGGAGGCUGCGAUGAAGGAUGCUGAUGAAGUUAAAAUGAAGUUGGCAUUGGAGACAUCAAAAGCAGCAGAGAUGAAGAAGAAAUUGGACACAGAAAUGCAAAACAGAAAGCAAGAUAGAAAACGGGCAGACUCAUCUAUCUUGAAAGCUGCAGAGCAAACAAAGCUUGCUGAUACAAACUUGAAGAUGGCAAUGGAUGAAAAACGUCGUGCUGACGAUUUAUCACAGCAGCUGGACCAGUAUAACCAAAGAAUUGAGAUUUUAAAGAAGGAGAUAGUUGAACUUAAGUCGCCUAGGAUAUUAAUUGAUAACAUAUCUGAUAAGAAGAGCGAAGCAGCAGAAAAACUUGCCCAUCCAGAGAUAGUAAAGCAGUUAGAAGAUCAGAAAAAAGUUCUCGAGGCAUACAAGAAAAAGGCAUCAAAGGAAAUGCAUCGUGCAGACCAGUUAUCAUGUGACGCAAAGGAUUACAAGAAAAGGUUAGGAGAGCUACAAAAGGAAAUCAAUUCCCUUGUUUCCUCCAGAUCAAUUGCUGAAUCUGCUCUUCAUUCACAUGAUAGAAGUUUGAAAUGUCAAACUGCUAAAAUCAGUUUCUUGGAGAAGCAACUGAAGUUGGAAAAGAUGUUGGUAAAGCACUCAAAAGGAGCCGCAAAGCUUGAAAAAGCUCGUAAUGGCAUACUAAAAGAAGAAUUAUUGCUCUUAAAACAAGAUAUUUCUCAGUUUUCAAAGCGCCUGAAUUUAUUGGAUGAUUAUUUCAUUUGCUCUGAUGAAGCUAUUCAUGAUCUAGAAAAGGAAGAACUAAAAAAUCAACAAUUCGGUAUUGAAUCAUAUCAGAUGCAUUCUCAUCUCAAAGAUGGGUUUGCUCUAAUGGCUGCUGCUGAUGAAACUGAUUCAUUCAGGGAAAAUGUAGAUGAAGGCAUUGCACCUGUGCUUGCUAUAUCUGGAGUAAAUGGCACUAGUAGCUUUUCAGACCAUUGGUCGGCUCACAGGAAAGACAUUCUUCUGGCACCAGAUCAGAUAAGUUUGCUGAAAAUAAAUCCAACCCAAAAGAGAAGUGCAAUGAGAAUCUUGCAACAAUUGUGGAAAGUGGUGUCAAAAUUCCUGUUAUUGAUACAUCUACCAAGAGAAGCAGUCGACAUCAUAAGAAAAGGAAGAGGUCUAUUGAUGCUAUUUGCAGUUUGCAGUCUAAGAAUGAGCCACAACAGAAACAGGUACUUUUUCUGCAUUCUGUGUCAGAAAAUCAAACUGAUAAAUCUGAAAGCACUAAAGCGUGCUUGCUUCCUCGUGUGGAAGAUGGUAUUGGCAGUUUUCAUGAUAGAUCUCAUAAGAAAAGAAAGGUUUCUUCUGAAAAACUUCAGAAGUGUCAUGUGAAUGAUGCCGAUAGGGUAAAGGCAAACCUCAAAGUGUUGGGUAUGCAAGAGUAUAGUUUCCUUGCAAAUUCCAUCCCACCUGUUCAUCAUCACAGUGGAACUGCUCAUAACGGAAAGGAUAGGAGUGAUACACUUGGAGAUUUUGAGUUACUGGUUGGAGAUGACUACAUGAAACUGCUUGAUUUGGAUAAUAGUGUAAAUGAAGAAUCUUAUCGUUUGGCACUCCAAAUGCCUUUGUCACCUGAACUUCCAGAGAUCAAGUGUGAAAGCAGUGCACGUGUAUCAAGUAACUCUAAUCUCUUAUUAGAUAAUAAUAAUAAUUCUCUCGGGGAAUUUUCACAUAUGAAGGGGAGCCUUUCUCCACUGGAGCACUUUGAUGUCCUUGAUUUGGAAAUCAACUCAAAUAAGGCAACACAUGGUACCAUAGGGAAUUCGAAAAAAUCAUUGUCACCAGAGAUUAGCGAUCAUGCUGAUACAUCUAGCUACAUAAAUGGUAAUGGAAUUGGUUGCCCUAAAAUUUUGCAGGCGCAUAUAUCUAAUUCUGUCAGUGAACCAAUGAGUACAGUUGAUGUAUUAGCUUGUGCCAAUGAGAGUUCAAAGGUUUCAAGUGGUAGCAGAGACCCACCCCCAUGUCAUGGUAUACCAAAGUGUUGUGUUGUGUUUUUUGAUAAUGACAAAGUGGAAAGCAUUUCCACAGUAUACUCGGCAACCAAAAACUUCAUGAAUCAGUGUUCAACAGUUUCAGCAUCAAAUCUGUAUCUUAGGAACAUUCUCAUUUUCAUUUCAGGUGCUCAAGAUCUUUCAGCCAAAGAAAAAGCAUCAGUGUUUUUGUCAGUCUUGCUGCACUACAUUUCAGAAAUGGAAACAAGUGAUCUCCACAAUGGUUGGGAUAGAGACUCGGUCCUGCUUAUUGCGUCUUUUGCUCAUCACAUAUGUACAGUGCCCUCUGACGUGAACAAUGGUAUGACUUUUGAUGAAUCAUGGAAUUUGUAUGAGCUGCUUUCACUUUUAGAAGACUUCAUCUUGCAUAUAGAAGUUCUGAUGUUUGAUAAUGUCUGUUCUGAUUCGAAAUCUUCAAAGGUUUCUAGGAUCAACCUUGUUGUGAAUGCUAAUGGUGUACGCUUCGUUAAUCAAGAAGCUUCCAUAAACAUGUCAGUGGCUGGAUGCAUUUUGUUAGCUUCUUUAUGUGCUGAAGUUGACCACAUUGGUUUCAUUUGUGAAGCAUCAUUCAAUACUCUGAGGAUGUUAAAAUCGGACCCUUCAUUCGUGCUAACUGUUCUCCAUAUCUUUGCCUAUGUAUGUGGGCCCAAGUAUUUUGGCAUCAAACAGUAUUGCUUUGUAAUGGCUGUAGUAAGAUCCAUGGUUAAGUUCCUCGAGAAGCUUAACCCUCCUGACUGCAGUUCCUGCUUUACAUCUUUGGCUGAGGAUCUGUCUAAGUUAUGGUCAGGCAGCAAUUGCCUAUUUUCAGAAGGCACAUCUUCUGUGGAUGGCGGCACAUCUUCUAUGGAUGGCGUCACAUCAAUGCUCCUAGAUAAUCUUCAGAACUGUAUCUGGUCCAGUACAAGGCAAAAGGUUAAAGUUAUCCAUCCUUCAAUUGAUGGAGAAAAGAAUGAUACAGAGAAUAUGGACAUUUCUGCUGCUCCAAGAACGGCGGACACGCCAUACUGUGUUACUGAUGAUGGCAAUGGGUGCUUCUUGACUGAUGUCCUUGCAUUAGUUGAACUUGUAUCUUGUUACAUGAGCUGGAUUUGGACUGUUGAAAAUAUCGUGCGCCCUGUGUCCAAAAUGAUGGAAUCGUGCCCAUUGGAGCAUGUACCUGCAGCUAUUCUGGUUCUUCUUGCCCAACUUGGAAGGUAUGGAGUUUCAGCUAAUGGAUAUGAAGAUAUUACAAUCCAGAACUUGAGAGAUUGGUUAUCAGCUUUGCUCUGUGGGUGUGAUCCUAAAAUAGUCAGUCAUGAGAUUCAGUUUUCCAUUGCCAUUGCUUUACUGGGCGUAGUUCCUCUCAACUUUGCAGAGAUUGUGGAAAGAAAUGCUGAAAUUCCUGGAUUUGAAAGUCAGUAUCAAGCUACCAUUUGCUUAAGGAAAUGGUUUUCACUGUUGAGCAAUGAAGAGCAGUUGUCUUUUAAGCAUGUGGUUUCCUCAAGUGAAUGUCUCCAAAAUGUACACAUUCCUCUUGUGAAAUGAUUAACAUAUAGGAAGGAGAGGGGGUGUGUUGGACUAGUGUUUGUUUUUCUUAGUGCUUCUGUAAUAGACAGAUAGCAAGUUUCCAUGCACAUGGCGUCAAAGUAUGGAUUUUUUUAAUCAACCUGCUUUGAUUAGCCCAACAUGUGCUUUAGCCCAAAAGUUGAGGGCACACAUUUGUGUGGAUGAUUGAUCUCUUUUUUCAUUUCUAUUUUUUCUCAUAAUAAUUCCAACUAUUACUGGUCCGCUAACAAUAAUCCCAACUAUC